CAAAAAAGGUAGCUUUUCGUUAAAGUGUAUGAAAGUAAAAUGGAUUCGGGGUUUAUUAGCCAAAUGUCCUGUAUUUGCGUCGGGCCAAAACGUGCUGGGAAAACACAACUUUUGAAGGCGUUAGAAAAUCCAAAAUCAAUCGACGAAACCACUUAUUCCAUGCCGACGAAUGGCACAAAUAUUUUUACAAUUAAUCUUCCAACAAAAGCUUUAAAUGUUUCAAACCCAGCUCAAAAAACUCAGACGGAACAAUCGGUGGACAAGAACGGUAAAGAUACAUCCGACGCAACAGUACCACGCCGCAAGCAAAAGAGUCCACUAAAAUGCAUUCGUAUUUUGGAAAUCGGAGGGGCAAUGGCGCCGCUUUGGCGGCAGUACUAUGGAAAUGUAUCGAAAUUGAUUUAUGUGGUGGACACCUCAAAUCUGUGUCAGAUAUCCGCAGCAGGUGUGCUGCUGUAUUCAAUACUAGCCGAGCCUCGGUUGCAGCGCUGUCGCAUUCUGCUUGUCCUUGCGAAGAUGGAUUACGCUUAUCGUCAGAUGCGUAACGAAGCCUUACUUAUGUUGCAAAUACAAAAACUACAAAAGGAAAUUCGACAGGAGCUAACAAUUGUAGAGGCCAGCGCAGUGAGUCAAUUGGGUCUGGAGUCCAUAUACGCUUGGUUACGGAUCCCUUAAAAAUGUGGCAAGAAUG